CCAUUCAAAAAGUCGCAGCUAUUGUCGCGGCGGGUUGGGUGCCGCCGGGCCCGCCGUCGGGCCGCGCGGGGACAGACUCUGGGCCACGCGGGGACCAGCCCGGGGCAGGCCGAGGACCGAGGCGUGCCGGCGGGCGCCAUGGCCGGAGCCGCAAUGGCCGAGCCCGGCCGCGGGCCGCCUUCCGCGCCCGCGCCCGGCACGGAGGGUCUGCCGCGCGCCUUCCUGCAGAGCCUGCGCACCCUCUUCGACAUCCUGGACGACCGGCGGCGCGGCAUCGUUCACUUGCGCGAGAUCGAGUCCCGCUGGCAGGGCGCCGACGCUCGCGAGCUGCCCCGCGGCGUGCUCGAGGGCCUGCGCCAGGUGGCCCCGGCCAGCGGCUACCUGACCUUCGAGCGCUUCGUGGCCGGCCUCCGCACCUCACUGCUGAGCGCCGACGGCGGCACGCGGGCCCCGGCGCGCGCCCCGGCCCGGGGAGGCUGCCCGGCGCGGCCCGGGGGGCAGCCGCCGCCGCCGCAGCGCCUGGUGUUCGCGCCGGCCGACGAGCCGCGGACGGUCCUGGAGAGGAAGCCCCUGCCCCUGGGCGCGCGCCCCCCGCCGGCCGGCCCGGGUGGCGCGGCCCGGAGUCUAGAGAAGCUGUGCAGCCCGGCGGAGGCGGCGCCCGGCCCGGAGGAGCCCGAACGGCCCCAGGGCGCGGCGCUGGAGCGGAGCCCGAACAUGGACGCUGAUGCAGUGGCCUGCAGGGCCCGGGAGCUGGGCGUGGGGGACGCCCGGUGGGGCCCCCGUGCCCGAGGGGAGCGUCGGAGACACACCAUCACCAACGGUGUGGACUGUGACCUGCUGAAGCAGAUGAAGGAGCUGGAACAGGAGCAGGAGGUUCUACUGCAGGGCCUGGAGAUGAUGGCGCGGGGCCGGGACUGGUACCAGCAGCAGCUGCAGCGUGUGCAGGAGCGCCAGCGCCGCCUGGGCCAAAGCAGGGCCAGUGCCGGCUUCGGGGCUGAGGGGAGCCCCCGCCUGCUGGGGCAGCUGCUGCCCAAGGUGCAGGAGGUGGCCCGAUGCCUGGGGGAACUGCUGGCCGCGGCCUGUGCCGGAAGGGCUCUGCCCUCGUCCUCCUCAGGGCCCCUGGGCCCUGCCCUGGCCCCCGCCUCGCCCUCGGUCCCCGGCUGGCAGCAGCAGACCAUUCUCGUGCUGAAGGAGCAGAACCGCCUUCUCACCCAGGUGAGCUGCGGGCGGGGCGCAGGGCCGGGGGCUGGAGGCCGGGCAGGCCCUGACGGCCCUCCUGCCCGCCCAGGAGGUGACCCACAAGAGCGAGCGUAUCACACAGCUGGAGCAGGAGAAGUCCGCCCUCAUCAAGCAGCUGUUUGAGGCCCGUGCCCUCAGCCAGCAGGACGCUGGGCCCCUGGACUCCACCUUCAUCUAGACGGCCCCAGGCACGGACGUGGGGCCUCGCGGCCCGGCACUCAGCCCUGGGCGGGCACUUCCUUGAGCCCCACCUCUGAGGCUGAAGGCGCCCUGGCCAGCCCGAGCACCACCCUCCUUCCUCCCUUCCAGUCCGGGCUCCCCUAACCCCAGGAUGUUCUGAGACCCCAGACAUUGACUCCAUCUUGGUCUUGGGGGCCUGACCUGGGGUGGGACUUCAUCAUGCCAACACACAGCGUGAAGCUGCUCCUGCCACUGUCAGUGGACAGUGGGGGGCACCCCCUCGUGUUCACCAGAUCUGGGCAGCCCUGGGCAGGCCUGCCCCCGGGUUUGCAGCUGGUGUGCCUCCCCUCCCACCUGGGGUCUCCAACUGAUCACACUAGGCUGCGUUCCCAAGAAUGGCCAGCAGAGGGCGCCACAUGCACCGGUGACUGCGGCCUUGGAGGCCCCGCUGUGGUGUCUCAGAUGGGGCCUGGAGUAGGGGAACCUGGGGCGGGCUAGGACACCUGCAGGUCCAGUGGGUGAUUGGCCCCGGGGGUCCAAGGGCGUCUUGCCCCGCUCAAGACUAGGCGGCUGUCGCUCAGCCAGGAGCAGAUGGAGGGUGGCCUCUAAGAAGGGGGCUCUGCUUGUGUCCAGUUCCAGAGAAGCCCCGAGGGCACGGUGUUGGGGAUUCACUGGAUUCAUCCCUGGGCCAAAGCUGGCCUGCUUGGUCCUCCCCACGGACCUUAGAUGCUAAACAAAUGGGUUGGCCUUCAUCCCUCCUGGCCCAGACUCCACCAAGCAACCUGUGACCCAGGCCCAGAGCCUUGGGCCUACCAGGUGACCUGGCCAGGGCUGUGGUUACCAGGGUGGCUUAAGUGUGCCCUUCCUUGGGGAGGGCCCUGUUCCCAGGAAGGGGGUCAGCCUGGGCCUCCCAGACAUGCCCCAAGGGGCCUUGUAGGUCCAGCAGCCUUGCCAGGCCCUUCACCAGAUCCAAGGUUCCCCUGGUAUGGGGACCUGCACACCCUCCAUCCCCCCACCCCAGCUUGGCCCUGGGUCUGGAUCACAGGAAGGGGGGCCCGCAGGACUUAGGAAGAGGCCGUCAGUGGGCCCCGUUGGGGGUCCUUUCCUGCUCUAAGGGAGACCCCCUGCUCAGCUAGGCCUGUGACAACCCCGAGAGGGGCUCCAUGCUCCUCGCUGUCUUCCCCCGCCGGCCCCCAGCUGAGCAUACAGGGGCAUUACAGGCAGGCUGAGCGGUCAGGGGCCCCGGAUGGAGCGUGGGACCUGCGGCCUGGAGGGGUUGUGUGCACAGCUUCACACAGCCCGGGGAGGGGGGGGGCGUGGCCUGACCACAGAGGAGGGGUCCCAGGUGCAGGCAGCUACUCCCCGCCGGGCCCAGCUCCACCACACCAGCAGCGACCUGGCCGGAGUCCGUCCCUACGUCCCUACACCACACUCGGGGCCAGCGGGCGCGGGGCUCUGGGUGCGUGGUUGUCCCAGGUCAGGCCCGAAUCCGCCCAGCACACAAGCGGCCCUCAGAAGAUGGUGGGGUUCUCCUGCGGGCCCAAGCGCCCCUGGACUUAGACCUCCUGGGCAGGUUCCCUGAGAUGGAAGGGGGGCUGGUCCUGAAGGGCCAGAUGGGGCCUCCAGCACCGAAGCCUACGUGUGGUGUGGUGACUGGACCAGUGCCCGCUGGGGAGGCAUCCUCCCAGCCGUCAGGGGCCCGCCCACCAGGACCUCCCCAAGGCCGCCCCUUUCCUGAUUCCCCCUCCCGUUGCCCACUGCAACCCCGUGACCACUCCCCCUACCUGCCCAGGCCCUGAGCCCACCCUCACUAGGAGUCCCUCUGCUCGCAGACCCUCAAACACAGCCCUGGACAAUUCCAGAACGGAAAACUGUCCCUCCCCUGCUCCGAAUCCUUGCUGCACUUCCUCAUGACGCAGGGCAGACCCAGGCCCCAAGCAGCGUUCAACCUCCACACCCCCCGCCCCCAGCCCUGCCAGCCCGGGCUAUCCCGUCUCUGGGCUUUGCAAGUGCUGUUCCGUCCCUGGGAACACCCACUUCCUGCUUCACCUGACUGGCUCCUGCCCAGCCCUGCACCUUGGAUAUAGAGGGAACGAACCUGCAGAGGCUGAAACGGCAAAGGGGGUAGCCUUUGCCCUGAGGGUGUCUGCUUUCCCCCUGAGAUCUUCACGGAACUUGGGAGGCAGGACCAGAACCCAGUGUCUGCCCCAGGGGUACUGCCCACAGAAGGCGGACCCUUCAGCCGCAGGGUGAGUGUGGAAGAAACCCGCGACUCAGGGAGAGGCCUCGUGGCACUGGCUUUCCAUGCAGGGCGGAAAACGCAUCCUAUUCAUUAGCAGUCUGAAAUCAGGCUGCCUGUGGCCCUAGAGACCCCAAGGGGAGAAUUGUAAGUGGCCCCAGGUUGGCCGGGCCCAGGUGGCUGGCGGAAGCCAAACAUCCUCGCUAGAGCAGCGAGUGUUUCUUAGCCAUGCACGGGGGAUGUUUGGGCCCGUGUUAAGUCUUGGGGGAGCUGUCCGUGCACCGUAGGAUGUUUAUUACCAUCCCUGGCCUCUAUCCACUAGAUGCCAGCAACACACACAGUCAGUUGUGAUGACCAAAAUGUCGAUGGACAUUGCCAGUGCCCAGGGGGCAAAGUUGCCCUUAGCUGAACAUCUCUGCUCGAGAGCAAUGCAACUCCACCAGGCCUCAAGGAUUUCCUACAGACCAAGUUCCAAGGAAAAUGAGCAUCUCCAGCUUAAAAAGCAUUUCACAAACACCACAAGGAAAGAAUCUACCAUGACAGCCAGCAGAAACAACAGAUUCUGUAGCCAUUUCAGAUAUUCAAUCAUCAGAGAACAUAAAAUGGCUAUGUUUUGUAUGCCUGAAGAAAUAAAAGAGAUCCUUGAA